GUCGCCCCGCGGCGCGCGCGGCGCUCUUCUCCCCGCAGCGGGAAGUGGAGCGCUCUGCUGCCCGGGAUCCUUGGGCUCCCCGGUUCUCCUCCUGGGUCCCCCCCUUUCUGGGUCCCCCCUGGCCUAUGGGCCUCCACAGCGACGGCGGGGGCCCGGCCCCGGGGCGGGCAGCCCGAGCGCGGCCACGGAGCUCCGCGGGCCUGUGCGGCGGGGCCGCCGUGUUCGCCGCCGUGGCCGCAGUGUUCACCCUCACGCUGCCGCCCUCGGUGCCCGGGGGAGACGCGGGGGAACUGAUCACAGCCGCACACGAGCUUGGAGUCGCCCAUCCUCCUGGCUAUCCUUUGUUCACUCUGGUGGCUAAACUGGCAAUUAUACUCUUUCCUUUUGGCUCCGUUGCCUACCGAGUCAAUUUUCUGUGUGGUUUAUUUGGAGCGGCAGCUGCGUCACUCCUUUUUUUCACCGUUUUCAGGCUUUCUGGCUCACAUGCUGGAGGAAUCCUUGCUGCGGGGGUGUUUUCAUUCUCUCGUCUAACAUGGCAGUGGUCCAUCUCGGCGGAGGUUUUUAGCUUGAACAAUCUGUUUGUGGGGCUGCUUAUGGCUCUUACUGUACAUUUUGAGGAGGCAGCAACCGCAAAAGAAAGAUCAAAGAUAGCUAAAAUUGGUGCUUUCUGCUGUGGCCUUAGCGUAUGUAAUCAGCACACAAUCGUACUCUAUGUUUUGUGCAUAAUACCAUGGAUUCUCUUUCGACUUUUCAACGAGAAGGAACUCUCCUGGGGCUCUGUGUGGAAGUUGAGCCUGUGUUUCUCUGCUGGUUUGCUGCCCUACAUCUAUCUUCCUAUCUCAUCCUACCUCAAUCAAGCCCGCUGGACCUGGGGAGACCAGACAACGGUGCUGGGAUUUUUGACUCAUUUUCUCAGGGAAGAAUAUGGAACAUUCAAUCUGGCUAAAUCUGAAAUAGGAUCCAGUAUGUCUGAAAUUUUACUUUCUCAAGUAACAAACAUGAGGAUUGAACUCUCAUUCAACAUCCAAGCCCUUGCAAUUUGGGCUAAUCUAUGUUUAGUAAGAAGGGAUAGACAGAACCCAUCAUUAGUGUGGCUUUUUACUGGAAUGUUUUGCAUUUAUUCAUUGUUCUUUGCUUGGAGGGCAAACUUAGAUAUUUCAAAACCACUUUUCAUGGGUGUGGUGGAGCGAUUCUGGAUGCAGAGCAACGCUGUGGUGGCAGUCCUUGCUGGCAUCGGGCUGGCCACACUGGUUUCCGAGAGUAACCGAGCGCUGAACACCAAAGGCCUUCAGUAUCUGGAGUGGCUUUCAGCAGCUCUUUUUGUAACUUACCAAAUAUAUUCUAAUUACAGCAUUUGUGACCAAAAGACCAACUAUGUGAUUGAUAAAUUUGCAAAGAACCUUCUAGCCUCUAUGCCUCAUGAUGCAAUUAUCUUACUCAGAGGAGAUUUGCCAGGAAAUUCUCUCCGUUAUAUGCAUUAUUGUGAGGGACUGAGGCCAGACAUUUCAUUAGUGGAUCAGGAAAUGAUGACUUAUGAGUGGUAUUUACCCAAGAUGGCAAAGCAUUUACCAGGUGUCAACUUUCCUGGGGACCGCUGGAAUCCUGUGGAAGGAGUAUUACCCAGUGGAAUGGUCACAUUUAAUCUUUAUCACUUUCUUGAAAUAAAUAAACAAAAAGAAACUUUUGUUUGCAUAGGAAUUCAUGAAGGUGACCCAACCUGGCAAAAGAACUAUUCACUUUGGCCAUGGGGCUCUUGUGACAAAUUGGUUCCUUCAGAGAUUGUAUUCAACCCUGAGGAGUGGAUUAAACUUACAAGAAAUAUCUAUAACUGGACUGAAAAAUAUGGACGGUUUGAUCCAUCUUCUUGGGAAUCUGUGGCCAAUGAGGAGAUGUGGCAAGCAAGGAUGAAAACACCGUUCUUCAUUUUUAACCUGGCAGAAACUGUGAAUGUGCCUUCAAAUGUGAAAGCUCAACUCUACACUCACGCAUAUGACCUUUAUAAGGAGAUUGUCUACUUGCAAAAGGAACACCCAGUGAACUGGCACAAGAACUAUGCCAUCGCCUGCGAGCGGAUGCUGCGCCUUCGGGAGGGAGGCGCGGACCCUGAAGUCUUGUUAUCGGAAACCAUCAGGCAUUUCCGCCUCUACACCCAGAGAGCGCAGAAUGACCCGCAGCUGGCUGAUAUUUCAGCCGCUCUGAAGCACCUCAGAAAAGAACUGCAGAGUCUGAGAAACAGGAAAAAUGCCUGAGACAGCACAAUGUGGGAAACCUGCUUGUCAUCCUGCUUCCAAAAUGUUGAGGUCCAAAACUUUUCCUUCAGAGAAAAGAAACUGUAUGAAAAAUUGAAGACUUAAGUCACUUCCCAGAUAGAAGUAAUUAGGGGGUUGGGGGUAAGUAGGGUGAUUAUGACUGAAUUAUGUUGUUUAUGCAAAAUCUGUUUAUCCCCUGUCCUCAAGUUAGCAUUUCAGGGAGAAGCUUCUGAACAUCCUUCCCACUUCCUCAACCUUUCACCUGAUGAUGUUGCUCCAUUAGAUUCUAAAAGAGAACGCACUCUCUUCAUAUACUUAAAAUAUUGACUGUGAAUCUUCUAAGGGCCCUGCUUAUUGGGAUCAGUUUUGAAGGUUAUAUUCUUCAAACAUUAAUACCAUACCAAAGACAUUUUCUGUUUCCCAAAAGUGGCUUAAAAAAAAAAAAUGGAUCUUGUUAUGCUGCAAGUCAGAAUUCUUUUAUUUUUUUGUUAGCUGUGGUUGUUACAUAAUUUCUUGUUUCAAGCUAAACACCAACCAGUGAUAUUUUGAAAAAAGUUGGGGUUUUAUUCUCCGAAAGCACUGAAAAAUAAAGUUAAUUCAUUGUUUGCUUUUUUUAGUCAUGUAAACUGGUUGGUCAGUAAAAAGAUUUUUUUUAGUUCCUUAAUUUUAUAUUUAUGCUUUGCUUCUGUUUGUGCUCAUGAAUCUGGGCCCAAUAAUUAGUAGGCUCCUGCUGCCAAAAUGCAAAAAAAAAAAAAAAAGGCGGGGAUUCGAGGGGGUGGAAGGGGAAAUGGUUCAAGAAAUUCAUUUCUGUUACCAGCAUCUUUUAUACAUAUUACUAAAGAGAACAUAGUAAGAAAUGCAAAUAAUAGUUCUUUAUUUUAUUAUGACAGUUAAUUAAUAGCAACCUGUUUUAAUGAAUAAAGUCACUCAGAGUCCUUCAGCACUUCCUAAGUAGAGGCCCGGAUCCGUAGGGAUUCUUUUCCCCCCGAUUGUAUAGCUCCGAGACUCCGAGCACUAUAUAGGCCCCUGUAUAGAAAUGCUCACUAAUGAAGAGGGAGGGCUAGAGGCUUGUCUGCAUUCAAAGAUCACUGGUGAGUCAUUCAGCGAGAAAAGGCCCCUUACCAGGAAUAGUCACAGUUCCGUGGCAUUGUACUAGCAAAAGGGUCUGAUCAAAGGUCUCCCGUGGAGCUUGCAUGGUUCCCUUUCAUACGACGACCAUAAUUAAAACCACUAAUUCUCUUUUAAAAUGCUGCAGGAUGCCAUGUAGGCAUCUGUCUGGAGUGUCCUUUGUGAUGUCAUAAGCUGUUAAGGACCAGCGCCGAGGGCUUUUGAGUGAAAUGCCAGUCAUGAAGGUGCUUCAAGACAAGGGUGCCUCUAAAAGCUUGACAGGGCCUUGACUGCACAAUUCGAGCUGAAUUUGCCCCUUGUCAGCUGCCAGUAAAUAAAUCCCAAAGGGGGAAAAGCUGAAGUUUCAUUACCUGAUCCGUGGGGCUUUGUCGGUUUUGGCACCACACAGAGGAAGCUCUUGCCCCUCCAUUCUCUGGGUUUGAAGAUGUCCAUUGGAGCCUGCAGUGCCUGGACAGGGUUCAGAGCGGAACCUUUUGAAGAGUGUCAAUAGUUGUAACAGUUCAGCUGUUAGGAAGACAAAUAAAUGGAGGAGCUCAUUAAUCCGCUUUUGGCUCUCGGUGCCUUUUGCCCUUUUAUCACAGCCUUAUUAGGCUCCUACUCAUCUUGAACCAGAAAAAAAUGAAUUGAAGUUGUUGAGUACUAAUUGGCAAAGACUUUUAAUCAUGGGCCAAGAACUUUCACUGACUUGAAAGUAACUUCUCCACGGGGAGGAACCGAAAAACCUGGUUUACCUUAAAACAAAAACCUGUUGGAGUUCAGCGUGGUGUGAAAAUUGAAGGAAGCCUUGGCAAAUGGUCUACGUUGACCCAUUUGAAGGAAAUUGUGUAAGAUUAUGAUUUCCACUUUUCCAAAAUCAAGUAUAAUAAAAAUCAUAUAAAUGUUCCCU